CAGACCCAGAAAAGUGAUAUCAUCCUCACGCUCGUCUCGCUUUCGUCAUGAUCUUUCCUUAUGCUUCAACGCUUGCCGUCGUCGUGGCUCUUGCUCUGAACGUCGCUGCGUUGCCUGUAGCACCCAAUGCACCCGAUCAUCGCUUAAUCUCUCGAUCGGGAGACAAGGCCACCAUUAUUCGAGACUUCGCUGCAGAGAUCCUCGCUGAAAGGGCGGCAAGCCAUGUUAAUACGCCUACUACGGUCGAGAACCAACAAACCCGGGACGACGAGAGCGAUAGUCCCCACGCUCGCGAGUACUACGACUCGAUCUGGGCUCGCCAGAACCGUGCUCGUCCUAACGGCGGUAACGCUAAUGCCAACGCCAACAACAACGCCAAUGGUGCGAACGCUGCUGCCGCCGGGAAUAACGGAAACGGCGCUGCUGCCGCCGCCGCCAACAACAACAAUAACGGUAAUGGCGCCGCCGCUGCGAACAACAAUGCCGGUGCUGGUAACGCUGCCGCCGCCAACAACAACGCCGGUGCUGGUGCCGCCGCUGCGAACAACAACAAUAACGGCAAUGGCGCUGCUGCCGCUACGAACAACAAUGCUGGUGCCGGUGCUGCUGCUGCCCCCAACAACAACAACGCCAAUGGCGCCGCUGCCGCGAACAACAAUGCUGGUGCUGGUGCCGCCGCCGCCAACAACAAUAACGCUGCGGCUGCCAACAACGCUGGUGGUCGGUUUGCGAGGCGCGAUUGGUCGUUUGGGUCAGUCCAGUCCAUCGUCCUCCCCAGUUUGCGGCUGCAAAUCUAA